GGUGAAUAUCAGAAGGCUAAAGAAUAUUACGAGAAAGCACUUGCCAUCCAAAUGCAAAUUGGUGACAAGGGAGGAGAAGCAGCAGCCUACGGAAACCUAGGAAAUGUGUUACAAUCACUCGAUGAAUAUCAGAAGGCUAAAGAAUAUUACGAGAAAGCACUUACCAUCCAAAUGCAGAUUGGUGACAAGGGAGGAGAAGCAGCAACCUACGGAAACCUAGGAAAUGUGUUACGAUCACUCGGUGAAUAUCAGAAGGCGAAAGAAUAUUACGAGAAAGCACUUGCCAUCAAAAUGCCAAUUGGUGACAAGGGAGGAGAAGGAAGAACCUACGUCAACCUAGGAAGUGUGUUACGAUCACUCGGUGAAUAUCAGAAGGCUAAAGAAUAUUACGAGAAAGCACUUUCCAUCCACAUGCAAAUUGGUGACAAGGAAGGACAAGCAAAAUGUUACUUGGCUCUAGGAGGGGUUUCUUCCGGACAAAAAAAAUAUACGAAUGGCGAGAAAGCACUUUCUAUUGCCACAGAAAUUGGUGACCGAGAAGGUCAAGCACAAGCUUUUGGUCUCCUCGGGAAUGUGUUCAUUUGGCGUAAUGAUCGUCAGAAGGCCAUGGAAUGUUACAAGAAACAACUUGCUAUCAACGGUGAAAUUGGCCAUAGAACUCAAUUUGCAUAUAGCUACCUAAACCUAGCAAUAGUGUCUCUAAUUAUUGGCGAAUAUGAAAGAGCCGACGAAUACCUUGAGAAAGUCCGCGUGAUAAACUGUCAUAUUGGAAACAUAGACGUUGAGUUAGAAACCCUACGCUUUUUUUCACGAUUGAGGCUCUUGCAAUCAAAGCGCGAGGAAGCAUCUUCUUUUCUUUAUCAGUACAUGGAUAAAUUUGAAACACUGCGAAAUUUUCAGCAUGGAAACGAACAAUGUCAACUGGGUCUUUUAGAAGAGCGCGGAAUUAUUCCCUACCAGGUGCUCAGUAAACUGCUAUGUGCUGCUGGUAAUCUUCACUAUGCACUUUAUGUCGAGGAGCUUCGACGGGCUAGAUGCCUAGCAGACUUGGUGGCACGAAACUUUUCCGUUGAAAAUGAGAUCUCAGCUGAUCCACAAUCAUGGUAUGGGAUGGAAGAGAUUGUGAACAAAGAACGUGACUCUGCAUUCUUGUACAUUUCAUAUCAUGAACGAAAGGUUUCUCUUUGGGUUCUGAAAGCAAACGGUGACACUUUGUUCCGAGAAUCCGAAGAAGUCGAUGACCAAACUCUCAGGGCUGAGGAUGCUUUUAAUUUGAAUACUUUUUUCAACAAAAGUAUCCGCGGCUUUGGCGUUUUACCCAAACAGAAGUGCGAGGAUCGGUCUUUCAACGAAACCAUGUCGAUAUUACCUGAAGAUGAAAGCGAAGCAGAUUUUAGAGGCGAUGAAGCUAUAGACACUGAAAGGAUGCUUUCUGUAUGUUCCAAACUGGUCAUCGCUCCAGUGGCCGAACUACUCACCCAGCCGGAAAUCAUCAUUGUUCCCGAACGUAGCUUGUACCGAGUCCCAUUUGCAGCCUUACGCGACCAACCAGGCGGAAAGUAUUUAUCAGAGACCUUCAGGCUCCGCAUCGUCCCUUCUUUGACGACUCUGAAGCUUAUCCAGGACUGCCCAGCGGACUAUCACAGUCAGACUGGCGCACUGGUUGUUGGUGAUCCUAAGGUGGGUGAGGUUCGUUUUAAGGGAAAAACUCGUAGCUUCUCAUCACUGGCCUGUGCAAGAAAGGAAGCAGAAAUGAUGGGACAACUUUUGGAUGUUCACCCUUUGCUAGGAGAGCGCUCGACAAAAGAGGCGGUACUUAAAGAAAUGAACUCAGUAUGUUUGAUUCACAUUGCUGCACAUGGUGAUGCCGACAGAGGAGAGAUUGUCCUUUCCCCUGGACCUUUCUCGAGCAAUAUUCCAGAUGAAGAAGACUACCUCUUGAGGAUCGCUGAUAUCUCACAAGUUAAACUGCGAGCUAAACUGGUGGUACUCAGCUGUUGCCACAGUGGACGUGGAGAAAUCAAAGUCGAGGGAGUCAUUGGAAUCGCUCGCGCGUUCUUGGCAUCUGGUGCACGUUCAGUGCUGGUAACACUGUGGGCCAUAGAGGACAAAGCAACGGAGCAGUUCAUGAAUCGUUUCUACAGACACCUUGUUGACGGAUUUAGUGCCAGUGAAUGUCUUCACCAGGCCAUGAAGUGGCUGAGGAACAUC